AUGAUUUUCAAUUUUCGGGAGGGAGAUACAGCAAGCAAGAUACACCAAGUUUUAUCACAAUACUUUAUUACUAUAAUGGACUACCCUCAGCACUAUGAAGGUUGCCCAGUGUUGACAAUAGAGGUGAUCCACCAUUUUCUUAAAUCAAGUGAAAGCUGGCUCUCACUUGGACAACAUAACAUUUUGCUAAUACACUGUGAGGUUGGUGGUUGGCCAGUCUUGGCUUUCAUGUCUGCUGCUCUUCUUCUUUACAGAAAACAUUUCACUGCUGCAAAUAGGGCCCUGGAGAUGGUUUAUAAGCGGGCACCACCUGAUGUGUCAGUGUCACCGCAGCUGAUGUCACCAUUGAAUUCUUUAGCUUCUCAGUUGAGGUACUUACAGUAUGUGUUAAAGAGGAAUGCUGAUGAGCAAUGGCCUCCAGCAGACAAACCACUUACAUUAGUUUGUGUGAUGAUGAGAAUGAUUCCUGAUUUUGAUGGAAAAGGGGGUUGUUGUCCUAUAUUUAGAAUUUAUGGGCGUGAUCCUUUGUUACAUGUUGAUAGAACCUCUAAACUUCUUUUUUCAACUCCAAGGAGGAGUAAACAUGUCUGCUCAUACAAUCAGGCAGAAAGGGAAGUGGUCACAAUAGAUAUUAAUUGCAAUAUUCAAGGUGACGUUGUGCUGGAGUGUCUUAACUUGCAUGAUGACAUGGUGAAGGAAGAUAUGAUGUAUAAGGCCAUGUUCAACACAGCGUUCAUCAAGUCAAAUACUUUAUUGCUUAAUCGUGAUGAAAUCGAUGUGUCUUGGGACAUUAAGGAUCAGUUUUCUAAAGACUUUAAAGCUGAGCUUCUUUUCUCCAAAAUGGACGCUACAGCUUCUAAGGUUCCAGUAGAUUUAUCUUGUUUCGAAGAAGAGGGGCUACCAAUGGAAGCAUUUACUAAGGUUCAAGAUAUGUUUAGUAGUGUGGAUUGGCUUGUACCUAAAAGUGAUGCGGCUUUGAAUAGGUUACAUAAUAUGGCUUUAUCAGAUAUUGUUAAUGAAAUGUUGGGGAUUCAAAGCACUGAUCAAUCUAGCAACCUACUUCAAACACUUCCUGUAAACAAUCAAGGCAAAGAAGGAACUACAGUAUCUCAUACAAAGCCAAAGGUUUCAUUUCUUUGUGAUAAGAAGAGCUCAUCUGGUAUUGUGGGGCCCAGAAGUGUUUCGCUUCCUAGACAGUUACCCUCUUCAAACCAGUUACAAGCAUCAUUGGAUGGUGGUACAAAACCUUUUUCAUCUUUUAAAUUCAUGUCACCUCAUAUAAUCUUGACAUUUACACAUCCUUCUGUUUCUGACAUACUCGAGACACAAUUGCAUGAUGGUGGGACAUCUUCCUUGCCUCCUUCUGUCCCACCACCUGGGCCGACUCAACCACCUCCAAAGAGUGAUGGAGGUGGUGAACCUCCGCCACCACCACCACCACCAGUUAAACCACCAGAACCACCAGCGCCACCCCCACCAAAAGCAAAACCAGCGCCACCACCACCACCACCACGUAAAUCAGCUCCACCACCACCGUCUCCUCCGGUUAACGGGAACAAAGAAGGCGCUGCAGGUCCACCACCUCCACCACCAGCUUCAAAAGGAGGUGGUGUAACUGCUCCAUCUCCACCACCUCCUAUAAAUAAACCGCGUGUUUUAUCAAGGACAUCUGCUGUGAAAACUCAACCAGCAAAAAAGCUGAAGCCUUUACAUUGGUCAAAAAUAAAUAGAGUAGGACAAGGAAGCUUGUGGGCUGAAGCAGAAAACUCUGGUGAAACUGCAAGGGCACCAGAGAUUGACAUGUCCGAACUUGAAACACUCUUCUCAGCAUCAAAUCCAAAUUCUGACAAGGCCUCAAAAGCGAAAUCCAAAAUUGAUCACAGGCGGGCGUAUAACUGUGAAAUCAUGCUUUCAAAGGUGAAGACACCAUUCCCUGAAUUGAUGGAACAUGUCCUUAAUUUGGAUGAAUUAGCAAUGAAUGUUGAGCAGGUGGAUAAGCUUAUCAAGUUCUGUCCUACGAAGGAGGAGAUGGAACUACUUGAGGGCUAUAAAGGAGAACCUGAAAUGUUGGGAAAAUGUGAACAGUUCUUCUUAGAGCUAAUGAAAGUUCCACGUUCAGAAGCGAAGCUUGUAGUUUUUUCAUAUAAGAUACAGUUUAGUACACAGGUUUCAGAACUUAGGGAUAAACUAAAUGAUGUAUAUUUAUCAGUAGAACAGAUUAGGAGUUCUGUAAAGUUUAGAAGAGUCAUGCAGACGAUUCUUUCUCUUGGAAAUGCUUUGAAUCAUGGAACUGCAAGAGGUGCUGCUGUUGGGUUCAGACUAGACAGCCUCUUAAAACUAAAUGAAACACGUGCUAGGAGCAAUAAAAUGACUCUCAUGCAUUAUCUUUGUAAGGUCCUUGCAGACAAACUGCCUGAACUUUUGGAUUUUUCCAAGGAACUUGGCAGCUUGGAACCUGCAUCAAAGAUACAACUAAAAUUUUUGGCAGAAGAGAUGCAAGCGAUUACAAAAGGACUAGAGAAAGUAGUCCAAGAAAAGAAAUUGUGUAAAAAAGAUGGACAUGGGUCAAAAAAAUUUCGGAAGACUCUCAAAAAGUUUCUUGCUUCUGUGGAACCUGAUGUGAAGUCCUUGGCUGCACUUUACUCUGAAGUGGGUAAAAGUGUGGAUGCUUUACCUAUUUACUUUGGAGAAGACCCUGCCAAAUGCCCAUAUGAAAAAAUUGUUGAAACUUUGCUUAAGUUUGUGAGAAUGUUUAAUCAAGCCCAUGAUGAAAACUGCAAGCACAUAGAGACGGAGAAAAAAGCCGCACAGAAAGCAGCAGCUGGACAACAAAGACUAAAGGCAGAAGAAAAAGAAAAGUCGAAAUUUUAUGUGACAACUGAUAGUGCUGGAAGAUCACCAGAAAGCCAAAGAGAAAUGGAUGUGAGUAAUUUUUUGCAGUUGGCCUCUUGUAAAUGUAUAGGAAACUUAGUGUUGCAGCUGAGCAGUAAGAUGUACAAAAUUUGUAAUAUUUAG